CCCGGAUGGUCCCUUUUGCUUUUCCAGGGAGAGGUUAAGCCUGGCCGUUAACCCAUAGGUGACCCAAAUAGAAUUUUCUGUCCCAGGGAUUCGUUGAUUGCCAGGUAUGGCUCUGUGGUAAUUCUAGCAUUUGCAACCCAGCAAUUUGAACCUCUGUCUGCCUCAAUGAUGAUUUCACGUUGUAAUGGCUGUACUAAAUCCUCUCGCUUUUUGCUCCAUAGCCGCUGUUGUGACAAGAAAAGCUGUGGCAACCGAAAUGAGACUCCCUCAGAUCCAGUGAUAAUUGACAGGUUCUUCUUGAAAUUUUUCCUCAAAUGUAACCAAAAUUGCCUAAAGAAUGCCGGCAACCCACGUGACAUGCGGAGAUUCCAGGUCGUGGUGUCUACGACAGUCAAUGUGGAUGGCCAUGUCCUGGCAGUCUCUGAUAACAUGUUUGUCCACAAUAACUCCAAGCAUGGGCGGAGGGCUCGGAGGCUUGACCCCUCGGAAGGUACGCCCUCUUAUCUGGAACAUGCAGCUACUCCCUGUAUCAAAGCCAUCAGCCCGAGUGAAGGAUGGACGACGGGAGGCGCGACUGUGAUCAUCAUAGGGGACAAUUUCUUUGAUGGGUUACAGGUCAUAUUCGGUACCAUGCUGGUCUGGAGUGAGUUGAUCACUCCCCAUGCUAUCCGUGUGCAGACCCCUCCUCGGCACAUCCCUGGCGUUGUAGAAGUCACACUGUCCUACAAAUCCAAACAGUUCUGCAAAGGGACUCCGGGGAGAUUCAUCUACACAGCGCUCAAUGAACCCACCAUCGAUUAUGGUUUCCAGAGGUUACAGAAGGUCAUUCCCCGGCACCCUGGAGAUCCUGAGCGUUUGCCAAAGGAGGUCAUACUCAAGAGAGCCGCGGACCUGGUGGAGGCGCUCUACGGGAUGCCGCACAACAACCAGGAGAUUAUUCUGAAGAGGGCGGCUGACAUCGCGGAGGCCCUGUACAGCGUCCCCCGCAACCACAGCCAGCUCCCGGCGCUCACUAACACUUCGGUCCACGCGGGAAUGAUGGGCGUGAAUUCCUUCAGCGGACAACUGGCCGUGAAUGUCUCCGAGGCCUCGCAGGCCACCAAUCAGGGUUUCACCCGCAACUCAAGCAGCGUAUCACCGCACGGGUACGUGCCGAGCACCACCCCCCAGCAGACCAACUACAACUCGGUCACCACGAGCAUGAACGGAUACGGCACAGCCGCUAUGUCCAAUUUGGGCGGCUCCCCGACCUUCCUCAACGGCUCGGCAGCCAACUCGCCCUACGCCAUCGUGCCAUCCAGCCCUACCAUGGCCUCUUCUACAAGCCUCCCCUCUAACUGCAGCAGCUCCUCCGGCAUCUUCUCCUUCUCACCAGCCAACAUGGUCUCAGCCGUGAAACAGAAGAGUGCUUUUGCACCAGUCGUCAGACCCCAGACCUCCCCGCCUCCCACCUGCACCAGCACCAACGGGAACAGCCUGCAAGCGAUAUCUGGCAUGAUUGUUCCCCCCAUGUGAAAGAAUUGCCUUGAAGAAUUUUGUUAAUGAAGAGGUUGGAUUCUGCUACAGAGAGUAAUCUGAUACAAGUCCCCGAGUGGAACUUUUAACUCAGGCCUUUUCCAGAGGAAUCACAAUAACUGCAGAUUUUUAAACAAACAAUAUCACCGACCUUGCGAGUACUGAAAUUGGAAGGGAUCUGUGAGUGCAGGGUGUUGGUUAGAGUUGUACCUCCCAGAUGUUUGGGGGAUAUAUUUAUUCUGUGUUGAUAAGAGCAAAUCCUCUUUUCCUUUCCACUUUUUUUUUUUUUUAAAGCUCAACUCUGCGGUCAUUUGUCUUUUAUAAACCGUAAAGCUGUAUACAAGGGACACUAUAAAUAAGACCCCGUGUUUUAAUUUAUGACGUUUUUAAAGCUGUGUAACGGGAGAAUGAAGUGAUAUUUACAGAAAAGUUAAAAAGAAAAAAAAAGAAAAAAAGCCAAAAAAGAAGGAAAAAAAAAAAAAAAAGCUUGUAUGGGACAGAAUAGGAAUGCCAGUUAGAUUUUUUAGAAAACUAAGAGUCGGCUUUUGCGCCUUAAAGCAUAUCAAAUGGUAGUUAGCUCAGACCGUGCAUUUUCAGUAUCUAACUUACCACGCCACCCCUUAGCAGUGCAAGCUUAUUUCUCUCUUUUGUAUCUUUGUCUUAAGUGACUGUGUAAAUAAAUGCAGCCUGGAGAGUUAAAAAGUGAUGUUAAGUGAUCACAUGUUUCCCUUCAACUCAAGAAUCCAGUGCCUCUAGACAGAUUGUUAAAACUGCAUAUUUAAACCUGAUACCAUUCUCGCUUUUAAUUAUGUCAACUUCUCCGGAAGCCCAUGGCCUCUUGAGAACUUGGUGGCACACAGACCGUGUGAGAAUCUCCUUCGAAUCUUUAUGGAACAGGGUCCAGGCACAGAAUUCCACACUCUGCCCUCCAGCUGUCAGGCCAAAAUCCCUCCUCCACGCCCGCCAUUCACAAGGUAGACGUUUACUCGUCCUGGACGCAGACGUCCCACCCGUCCCCGCAAAGCCCGCGAGGGCCCGGUGGCAGGUAUUCCCCAGCUCCCUCGGAGACAGAGAGAGGGGCUCCCUCCGUGGACCCUUACAUUUGUAACAGUAGAUUAAAAGAAUAGGCGAAGUGCUUUGGAGUUAAGAGUAAAGGAAACUGGGAGAAAGGAGAAGCAGGUUGAGACCUCCAAGACGUGGUUUUCUGCUCUACGGCAAUUUUUGCUCUCUUUAUCUGGGAAGUGUUCUUAAAAAUAAGAAUUGAUAGCAAAGAUGCAGCGAAGCUAUGAGGAUGCAUUUGCCUGAUAUAUUUUUUUUUCUUUGCUGUUGUGUUUUUGUAUGUAGUUAUAAAUACUGUAGAUUUUUUUGUGAUUUUUUUUUUUGCCAAAGUUGUUGUUCUAUUUAUACAUUUUAAUGUCUUAAGACAGUUUUUCAAUAUCACAAAAAGGUUUUACCGCGUAUUUUGCAAAGGAAAAAACAGCUCACUACCUUUAGCUUGCACAUACUUGCAAAGUUAAUUAACAAAAGGCUUUCUGUUUCAAAGGGGAUUUUGUAAAAUAUCCAUAUAAAUAAUGUAUUUAUCUUUGGAAUUUGUACAUUGCUUUCCCUUCUUCCUUUCCCUCCCACCUCCAACUUAUUUUAUUGUGUAUGUUUGCUAUGUGAAAAAGUGCGUAUUUGUUUGGUCACCUACAGUUGUAUUAGCUGUUCCAAUGUGAUUUUUAAACAUUUCAUUUAUAGUUAUUUUUAGUAUUGUUUUAAACCAUGCUUCAAUUUUUUUAAAUUUCCACCCAAAAGCCAUUGUCUAUUUUUGUAUUAUUUGUAAGUUAAGAAGUUUUUUCCAAUAUAUGGCAAAAAAAAAAAAAUAG